AUGUCUUGGGGUGAAGGUGGGCAGCAACCUUCCCAGGCGGCCCAGCAUUCCAAUUCCCCAACCAAGUCGUCACCACCCGCCCCUAAUGGCGCCGCCGCUCACGCUGCUCACGCCGCCGACGCUGCUCACGCCGCCGACGCUGCUCACGCCGCCGCUCACGCCGCCGCCCACGCCGCCGGGCAAGUGAGCUUCAGACGGCAACGAGCGUCACGAGCAUGCGAGACUUGCCAUGCUCGAAAGGUUCGAUGUGACGCCGCCAGUCUAGGCGUCCCAUGCACAAAUUGCGUGGCCUUCCAGAUUGAAUGCCGCAUCCCAACCCCCAAAAGGAAGAAGACACAGAAUGCCUGCGGCCAGGCUGCCAAAGAUUCUGACAGUGACCGCGAAGGCACAGAUGACCGACUCCUUCAAACACCGACCAGCGUCGGCUCGUAUCCACGACCACCAACCGUAUCGCAUACUUCCGACGGAACUCCCUCCUCUUCCAUGACCGAAGCCCAAGUCCGACAAGAAGAGGUUAACAACAGCACAUACCUCAACCUUGUUAUGAAGCCCAAAUUCACUCGCGCCCCCAUCACCGAUGCCGGAAGAGUGGCCUACCUGGGCGAGUCGUCCAACCUCACCCUGCUAGUGCACGACCGGCAAGGUUCUUCCGAUGUUGUUCACUAUCCCCUGCCAGAAAACGUGCGAGGGUCACGCGCUAGGCUCACCGAGUUUGACAAUGUCGAGAUUGAAAUCCUGCAUCAGAGGGGAGCGUUUCUGCUUCCACCGCGAUCACUCUGCGACGAGCUCAUCGAGGCGUACUUUAAAUGGGUCCACCCUAUCGUGCCCGUCAUCAAUCGUUCGCGCUUCAUGGGCCAAUACCGAGACCCCAAGAACCCACCUUCCCUGCUCCUUCUCCAGGCAGUGCUCCUGGCUGGCUCCAGAGUUUGCACCAAUGCCCAGUUGAUGGAUGCAAACGGCUCAACAACACCCGCAGCGUUGACCUUCUACAAGCGCGCCAAAGCUCUCUACGACGCGAAUUACGAAGAUGACCGAGUCACCAUUGUCCAGUCGCUGCUGUUGAUGGGGUGGUACUGGGAGGGACCGGAAGACGUCACCAAAAACGUCUUCUACUGGAGCCGUGUUGCCACCAUAGUCGCGCAGGGUUCUGGAAUGCAUCGCAGCGUCGAGCAGUCCCAACUCAGCAAGUCGGACAAGCGAUUGUGGAAGAGAAUAUGGUGGACGCUAUUUACUCGCGACAGGUCGGUCGCCGUCGCGUUGGGCCGUCCAGUUCAUAUCAACCUCGACGAUUCCGACGUGGAGAUGCUGACGGAGGACGACUUUGUCGAAGACGAGUCGGAUCGACCCAGCGAAUUCCCGCCCGACCCCGUUCACGUUCAGUUCUUCUUGCAGUACGUCAAGCUGUGCGAAAUCAUGGGGUUGGUGCUAUCCCAACAGUACUCGGUAGCAUCCAAGGGUCGCCAAAGAAAUGCCAUCGACUUGACGCAUAGCGACAUGGCGUUGGCUGACUGGCUUCAAAACUGCCCCAAGAUAGUGUACUGGGAGAUGCCUCGCCAUCACUUUUGGUCGGCGCUCCUGCACUCAAACUACUACACUGCCCUCUGUCUCCUGCAUCGGGCACACAUGCCUCCAAGCGGAUCAAGAAGCUUUCCCGACGACUCGCCCUACCCAUCGCGGAACAUUGCGUUUCAAGCAGCCGCCAUGAUCACAUCGAUAGUCGAAAACCUCGCCGCCCACAAGGAACUUCGUUAUUGCCCAGCGUUUAUUGUUUACAGCCUUUUUUCAGCCCUUAUUAUGCAUGUAUACCAGAUGAGGUCACCGGUGCCGUCCAUUCAGCAAGUCACACAAGACAGGUUGCGUACCUGCAUGCAAGCCAUGAAGGAAGUCUCGAGGGUGUGGCUGGUGGGCAAGAUGGUUUACACCCUCUUCGAGUCGAUUAUAGGCAACAAGAUGUUGGAGGAGCGGCUUCAAAAGGCUGGCGGCAAACGACAUCGCAAAAUGCAGCAGAGUCUGUCCAAACUGGAGCAGCACAGCAAAGUGCAAGACGCGACGAAGCGGAAAUAUGACGACAUGGCCAUCGACUUUACAGCCAACGCCCCAACUCCGCAGGAAUCCUACGAGCGCUCGCGGCCGCAGACACCAAGCGCCGUCAAGAACGAACAUGCACCGACAAUGCAACCGCCCACCGUCGCAUCACCCAACAGUCGGCCAAACGCAGCUGAUACCUUUAUGGGAGGAACCAACUCACGCCCUCAAACACGGCCAGCAACGCCUUUCAACCCUUCCUUCUCCGUACCGGCGACCCCGCCGGAAUUGUAUCUGGUGACGAGGAACUCGCCAAAUCUGUCACAGUCGCUGUGGGAAAACUUCCAGCCUGAUCAGCUGUUUCCCGAGAGCUCCAGCAUGCCUGCCUUUCCCAACCUGUCCCCCACGCAGACACACCAAGACUUGGGCCACAACUUGAUGGCUCAGAUUACACCCAACAGCAUGGCACAAGGACCAUCUGGCAGCCAGUACCAACCUAGGGGCCAAGCAAACGGCGGUGUUUCUCUUCAUAACUUCCACGCGCCGUCCAGCAUGUGGCAGGCAAACUUUGAUGGAGGCGGACAUGACGGACAAAGCCCGGAUAGCUGGAGCACCAGCUCAGCUCAAGGGCAGCCUGCGCCAACGACUCUAAAUGUCGAAGACUGGUUCCAGUUUUUUGGCAUCAAUGGCGAUGCGAGCAAUCUAAACGUCGAUGUGUCCCUAAACUAG